AUGGAGAACUGCACCAAAGACUACGACGUGCGGAAUGGCAUUACACUGUUUCAGUUUACAGUCUACAUCCCAGUGCUCUCUUUGGGGAUCCCACUGAACGAGACUGCCUUCUGGGUCUUCUGCUGCAAACUCAAGAGGUGGACCGAGACCAGGGUGUACAUGAUCAACCUCAUAGUCGCAGACAGUUUCCUGCUGUUUGCCCUGCCUUUCUUGAUAUAUUUUACCACAUAUGAGCAUCCCAUAGACAACCUGUGUUUCACCAUACAAACGAUCUACUUUACAAACAUGCCUAUGAGCAUCCUGAUCAUCACCUUGAUAGCGAUCGAUCGGUACAUUGCAAUCAAGUUCCCUCUAAAAGCAAAGAUUCUUCGAUCCCCACUGAAAUCAGCAUCCAUCUGUGGGGCCCUUUGGAUAAUACUAAUGAUUUAUUCCUACUUGCAUCCACAACUUCAUAACAAAAAGGAAAAAUUCUGCUUUCGGAAACAAUCUACUCAACCUAGUUAUACAUUGUUAGUGUCCGUCAUCUUUGGCUAUUUUAUUCCCUUAGUGAUUGUGACUUUUUGUUCAGUACAAGUCAUCAGAUGUCUCAAGAAGAAGAUGGUCACGAGUCCUCAUGAGACAAAAUUAAUCCAGAAAGCAAUCCGCAUUAUUUCUGUGAACCUGUGCGUGUUCACUGUAUGUUUUGCACCCUUCUACAUUGCCCUGCUCUCGCGGUUUGCAGUGGAUGUCGCUGGAGCUUGUUCUCUGCUCUCGGAAGUUAGUGCCUGCGUUCACAUCUGUGCAUGCUUAGCAAACUCUAACUGCUGUUUGGAUGCAUUUUGUUAUUACUUUGCAGCUAAGGAAUUCCAAGAAUUUCCUUCUCUGUUCCCCACUUGCCUAUCGAUGAGGUGCAAGGUGAACCAAAGCCAAGAAUCCCAGUCACCCACAGAUCAAGUCAUGACGUAA